AUGGACACUCGGAAGCCUCCCCAUCCCUGGACCAGUCAGGAAUGAGGGAAGUGGGCCAGGGACUCCAGAGCCAGGAGGAGCUUGGAGCAGAAGCCCCAUUCACAGGAAGCACUGAGAGAUGCUGCCCCCUCCCAGGGUCUGAAUUUCCUGCUGCUGCUGCUAUUCACAAAGAUGCUUUUUAUCUUCAACUUCUUGUUUUCCCCACUUCCAACCCCGGCCCUGAUCGGUAUCCUGACUUUUGGAGCUGCCAUCUUCCUGUGGCUCAUCAACAGACCUCAGCCAGUCUUUCCUCGUGUCGACCUCAACAACCAGUCCGUAGGAAUUGAGGGAGGAGCAAGGAAGGGUCCUCUCCAAAAGAGCAAUGACGUAAUACGUUACUACUUCUCCGAUGCCAAGACUCUGUAUGAAGUUUUCCAGAGAGGACUCCUUGUGUCUGACAAUGGGCCCUGCUUGGGAUAUAGAAAACCAAAUCAGCCCUACAGAUGGCUGUCCUACAAACAGGUGUCUGAUCGAGCAGAAUACCUGGGAUCCUGUCUGCUGCAUCAAGGAUAUAAGUCCUCUUCAGACCAAUUUGUUGGCAUCUUUGCUCAGAAUAGGCCAGAGUGGAUCAUCUCUGAGUUGGCCUGUUACACAUACUCCAUGGUAGCUGUCCCCUUAUAUGACACCUUGGGAGAAGAAGCCAUCAUAUACAUUGUCAACAAGGCUGAUAUUGCCACAGUGAUCUGUGAUACGCCCCAAAAGGCAUCAGGCCUAUUAAACAAUGUGGAGAAGGGCCGUAUCCCACAUCUGAAGAUGAUCAUCCUCAUGGAUCCCUUUGAAGAUGAUCUGAAGCAAAGAGGGAAGAAUAGCGGAAUUGAAAUCUUAUCCCUGUCUGAUGCUGAGAAUCUAGGCAAAGAGAACUUCAGAAAGCCUGUGCCUCCUAAACCAGAAGACCUGAGUGUCAUCUGCUUCACCAGUGGAACCACAGGUGACCCCAAAGGAGCCAUGCUGACCCAUGAAAAUGUUGUUGCAAAUGCUGCCUCCUUUCUGUAUCGUGUAGAGGAUACUUUUUUACCCAGCCCUGAAGAUGUGAGCAUCUCCUACCUUCCACUGGCUCAUAUGUUUGAGAGGGUUGUGCAGACUGUCGUGUACUCUUGUGGAGCUAGAGUCGGGUUCUUCCAAGGAGACAUCCGGUUGCUGCCUGAUGACAUGAAGACUCUGAAGCCCACAGUGUUUCCCACGGUGCCUCGACUGCUUAAUCGGGUCUAUGAUAAGGUACAAAACGAAGCCAAGACACCCUUGAAGAAGUUUGUGCUGAACCUGGCUAUUAACUAUAAAUUCAGUGAAGUGAAAAGGGGAAUCAUCAGGAAAGACAGUCUUUGGGACAAAUUCGUCUUUAGAAAGAUUCAGGAAGGCCUGGGUGGAAAUGUCCGUCUCAUGGUCACAGGAGCUGCCCCCAUCUCCUCGUCUGUCUUGACCUUCCUCCGGGCAGCAUUGGGAUGCCAGGUGUUUGAAGCUUAUGGUCAAACUGAGUGCACAGCUGGUUGUACAUUCACGUCACCUGGGGACUAUACAUCAGGACAUGUUGGAGCUCCCCUGCCUUGCAAUCACGUGAAGUUAGAAGACGUUGUUGACAUGAACUACUUUUCAGUGAACAAUGAAGGAGAGAUCUGUAUCCGAGGCUCCAACGUGUUCAAAGGCUAUUUGAAGGACCCUGAGAAGACGAAGGAAGCCCUGGACAAUGAUGGCUGGCUUCACACAGGAGACAUCGGCCGCUGGCUUCCAAAUGGUACUCUGAAGAUCAUUGACCGAAAAAAGAACAUCUUUAAGCUGGCUCAAGGAGAAUACAUUGCUCCGGAGAAGAUAGAAAAUAUCUACAUCAGAAGUAGAGCAGUGUCACAGAUUUUUGUACACGGGGAGAGCUUACGGUCAUCCUUAGUAGGAAUCGUGGUUCCUGACCCAGAUGUACUUCCUGCAUUUGCAGCCAAGCUUGGCCUUAAGGGCUCCCUGGAAGAAUUGUGCACAAACCAAGUAUUGCGGGACGCCAUCUUAGAAGACAUGCAGAAAGUUGGCAAAGAAGGUGGCCUGAAAUCCUUUGAGCAAGUCAAAAGAAUCUUUCUUCAUGCAGAGCCGUUUUCUAUUGAGAAUGGUCUCUUGACACCAACAUUGAAAGCCAAGCGGGGAGAACUUUCCAAAUACUUCCAGUUCCAAAUUGAUAACUUGUAUGAGACUAUUCAGGACUAG